AUGUUAGGGUCAUGCCAGCGACGAGUUCACGGUAUUGCCGCAGAGCAUCACGAGAAUUGGAGGAAGGACGGUACUGCUGCGUGGAGCGAGAUUGAAUGGGCGAAGGCGGCUGCGGAGGGAUGGCAUUUGGAUUUGAAGACUGGUAGACGGCGGGGUGGAAUCGAGGGAGAUUUGCAAGGUGGAAAGCAGGAGCUGUUUUGGAGGAAUGGCGAGGACGCGGGCGGGAAGGGGCAGGAGAGCUGGCGCGUAUGGAGGGAGACAUGGUUGAGUGAGGUGGCUGCGACGCAUGCAGAGUUGUCGGGCGGUCAGCGAACAUGCUGCCUCCAACGACGAGGCUGUCUCGGGGAGCAGGAACUCAGGAGGUGGACAGGACGGCAGAUGAUACAAGUGAAGAGAUGUUUAGCUAGGCAGCUGUCAUUGAAGGAUGAUGGAGAAGAAGAAGAAGCACUUGUGUCUGGGAAGGGGGAUGACGGGGUUUUAUUAAUAGCAAACAUCACUCGUCUAGUCUGCAGGCGCCGUGGCUCUGGGGAAAUCGAUACGAUGGACUAA